UCUUAUUAAACAAAAAAUUCCUCAAGGGAUUAAUAUAAAGAACAAUUAAUGAACUUUUGCCAUCUGGCUUUGCUCCAUGCUAUCUGUAUAUAAAAAAAAAAUACAUGUAAUAAAUAUAUAUAUGUAUAAAAUAUAUGUAUACUGGGUUAAAAUAAAUGCAAAUAUUUUUAUGCAAGACUUUAAAAAAAAAAAAAAAAUCAUCAGUGAUAAAGUGCACUGUCAAACUCAGGUAUGGUUGCAUAGUACUGGACCACAGGUCCGUCACAGCGAAAAAGAACAGUACGUCUUCCAGCUUCUUUGUCACUUUUGCACAAUUUGUGUUGUACGGACGGGGCAAGACAACUUCGCCAAAAUGUUUUCGCCCUGGUAGCUUGUAGCAGAGGUCCAGCGUAAGAAGCAAAUGUUGGAAGCCAGCCUUUUCUGCUGUGUAUGUCGGGACCAUUUCUGUUGCGAUGUGAAAAGUGACUGCAUCCGUAAUAUUUUUCCACCCCCUUUCAAUCUUAUCAUAUGGUACACCACAUGAAAAUGAAGUUGGCAGAGUAACUUGCUUUGGAGUGGGUGGUGGUGUAGCCGCAUUCGCGUUCCCUUGUGCGGUCCGCUCUGCAACACACUGCUGCCAUUCCGACGGGUGGUUGUUUUGCAGGUGUUGAAAUAAAUUAGUCAUGCUGCUUUUAACUGCCACUGACUUCAGACAGAUUUUACAACGUGGAGUACUUUGCUCUUCAUCUGAAGUGUCGAAGCCAAACCACGGACUUGUUUUUGUUUGUUUACAAUGUGAAGAGCGAGAUGGGAGGAUAGAGGUGGAAGUUACUACGGCAACCCAGCGCAGCCCAGACACAUGAACGGGGGCUGUACCGUAAUUUCCCUAGUUAAAGUGAAAAAUCGAUUUUACGAGUUUCACGUUUUUAACAUCGUCCUAAUUAAAUAAUCGCGAUUAUGAUUUAAUAUCGAUUAAUCGAACAGGCCUAAGUACACAUUAUGUACAUAUACUCAUAUCAAAUCAAAAUGGUAAAACAUGUAGGUGACAUUAGUUCAUAAAAAGUGAAUAUGAUUUGCCUUGAAACUCCCAAACCCAACCAACAGAGCAGUGUGUGUAUGUCAUGGUCCAGUCUUAGGAAUCUUAUCAAGUCGUUGACAGUUUAUCUUGUUAUCUUUUGCUAUUCAAUGAUAAUGUCUAAAUAACUUGUGAUUUUGAGAAAACAAAUACAAUAGAAUGGAUUGUCACAGAAAAAUGGAGAAAAUAAUUUGCUGGUUGAUUGGGGAGAGGGUGGGGGUGAUUUACAACAUCCAUUUACAUAGUGCCUGAGUGCUGUUUUUUGAGAAAGGACAUUUCAACAUGUUUGUCUCACUUUAGUGGCUCUUUGCAGUGAAAUAUGUAGGACUGACUGCUGUGUUUUCACUUCCAUGUCUUUUGUGUCCUCCCUCUGUCCUGCUUUAAGUCUCUAUGCUGUGCCUGCUGCCUCAGGCAGUGCUGGCACGGUGGGCAUGUGUUCGGGCCUGUCCGGUAUCCUGCUCCUGCACACAGGAGAAGAGUUGCAGUGUCUUAUGUGACCGCUCUGGCCUGGCUGAGCUGCCCAAAGAGUUUCCCUGCGAGGCCUCUGCUAUCAACCUGGAAAAGAACAGACUGAAGUUCCUGUCGGAGAGGGCAUUUGGCACCCUGCCCUCCCUCAAGUCUCUCUCUCUGGACCACAACAACAUCUCUUUCAUUACUCCUGGAGCCUUCAAGGGCCUCUCAAACUUAGUGGACCUGAAAAUGGCGCACAACGAGUACAUUAGUUAUCUUCACACACGAACAUUCACAGGACUGAAGAAGCUGGUGCGCCUUGACUUGUCAGACUGUAACCUCUUCAACAUCCCUGACCGUAUCUUCAUUGAGCAAACAGCACUCAAGGAGCUGCUCUGCUUCCAAAACAACUUCAGGAGAAUCCCUGGAGCCUUCAGAGGCAUGGAGAACCUGACUCACAUUUAUCUGGAGAGGAACAAGAUAGAGGCGGUGGCCUACAACUCCCUGCUGGGCCUGGGUAGUCUCAAGUACCUGAACCUUCAGGAAAACCGCAUCAAUGUGAUCCAUGAUCAGGCCUUCCAGGACCUUGUGCGGCUGGAGAACUUCUACCUCAAUGACAACUUGCUGUCUGAUCUGCCCCGGAAUGCCUUCAAGGGGCUCAGCCGCCUAAAGAUGCUCAACCUUGGGGGUAACCAGUUAACCAAUGUGUCUAAGACCUGGUUUAGUGACCUGGUGGAGCUGGAGGUCCUGUACCUGGACAGAAACCAGGUGCUAUACAUCGAGGAGGGCACCUUUGAGAACCUGACCAGCCUGAUCACGCUCCACUUGAACAGCAACAACCUCACCACCCUCCCCUUCCCUGUUUUCCAGCCCAUCUACUUCCUGGGUCGCCUCUACCUCUUCCGAAACCCUUGGGAGUGUGACUGCUCCCUUGAGUGGCUGAAAGAGUGGAUGGAAAACUACAAGCUGGUGCGGGACAUCCCGUGUGCCUCACCUUCAUCUGUCACAGGGCUAGAUCUCAGUGAGGUGAACUUUGCUAAGGUGAACAGCACGUGUGUAGACCCUGCAGAGCUAAACCUGACCACAGCCUCCUCUGAGAUCAUCUCCACCACGGAAAACCGCUUCAAAAGCCUCAUUUCCAAGCUGCUCCAGCAGGAGCUCCGAGAGGAAAUGGGGAACAGUACACAGAGCGUCCGCAACGGGACCCUGCUGGAGCCAGAGGAUGGGCAGCUGUCUACAGGGGCCAGAGGCCAACGGGCCAUGGCAAACCAAUCACUUGUCUGUUUCCUUACAGUGUGGCUCAUUGUUGCUCUGAUUGGCCAGUCAAGUGAUAAUUUCUGUCUCUCUUGCACAUGAGAAUCAAUUAAAUGGGGUUUGCUUCCUGACCCACAGAAACAAGGGGUAACUUUCCAAUUUGCAGAUGGGAAAAAAUAUGUUUAUAUUUAUCCAAGAAAGCACCGAGGGAAUACUCAUCCUUGCAUGUGUUGUUACUGGUGUGAGUCUUUUUCUGUUGAAAUACAAUUAUGGUCAAUUGAAUAUUUUCAGCUUAAGAAACAAGACUGAUGUUGACAUGGCAGCAUUUAUCAUGAUAUGAAAACAUAAUCUAUGAUAUUUAUAGAUUACUUAUAUAAGAGUAAGCGCAGCUACAUGCCAGACACAUAUCCUCUCCUGGUUCAUAAACAGCUAUGCUAAGCUGUAUGGUUGCUGGAUUAUUUUUCUGCAGUUACAGAGAUGGGUGUUGAUUUCUGUGGUGACGUGGUGAAAAUGUAUAUGUGAACCUCCACCUUUUGUUGAAAAAUCUUCCAUUUUGAUUAAUAUUAUGUAAUACUCAUCACAGAGUCUGUUACAAGUGUAUUUUGUAUAUUCAUUCACAUCUAUCUGUUCAGUUAAAGGAGAUUAGAACUCCUGUAGUUAUCUCCUAAGCAGAUGUCCUCAUUGCUUAUUUCUAUUCAUUCAACUCCAAAUGUAGCUUCUACAGCUUUUCCAUAAAUGCAUUAAUCUUCUUAAUGCACGUGGCUCAAUGUUGUUGCUGCCUCUAUAUGCUACACCAUAAUGGAGAACAUUGUCAUUGCUUUUGCCUCCUUUGCAUGGACUGUUUUCUUCUUAUGGGCAUGAGUUUUCUCUGUACAGGGACCAUGGAGGAUGAUUGCUGUAUGUCAGGUUUUGGAUGGAGGAGGGAAUCAGGUCAAAGCAUGUCAUCUCUCUUGGGGAUAACAAAUGCUUUCCAACAUUACUUUGCGAUUAAAUUAACGUUAGUGUUGAUUUACAUCACAUUUUGUAUACUGCAAAGUUUAGAAUGUAUUCAGGCUAUGUGCACUGACGUUUUUCUCUGUGUAGCUGAAAAAGAAUAUCCCUCUUGUAUCACCAGCCACUGCUUUCUCUUCACCCUGGUCAAUGUAAGUAGUUUGGCCAGACAGCCAGUGAUCCGAUUCAGUGCUGUUUUUAAACAAAACGCUCUGUCACUUGAUUUAUUUUUCUAAAUAAAAAAAUUGCUGUUGAACUUUCAACAUGACUUCUCAGUAUUCCUCUCACUUCUCCUAAAUAGACUCUUCAACUGAGGAGUCAACCUGUUUCAGCAGGGAACACCAAUUAAUCUGCGCACUGGCCUUUUGGCUCUUUAAUGUGAGAUUAGGCCGGGACUAAGACAAAUGGGGUGGCUGGAUACUGCAUCUCACCCCUCUCAUUUACCAUCAUUUGCAGCUGUUCCCAUGCUGUUAUCCUGGAUCUGUGCAGAGAUGUAAUAGAGGAUAAGUACAUGCAGAAUGUCUGUAAUUUAUCUGGGCCAAAGAUGAAAUGAGAGGUAUUACAGAAGAGCAACUGUUGUCUCUGCAUUCACUGGUAUACAUUUUACACUUGUGCUUUAGGUAAAUCUAA